CAACGAAUAGAGCGGUUAAAAUGGCAGCGAAGCUGGUGCGCGGCGGCGUGCUUAUCGUGGGCUGGGCGGCCGUGACAAAGGAGUAUUUCUUCGAUAUCAAAUACGGCAUGGGUGUGUCUAUGGCCCCCACAAUCCCCGACGGCUCCUUCAUCUUCGUGGAGCACUUGUCGCGGCGGUGGCGCAACUGGGAGCGCGGUGAGCUGGUGGAGCUUCGAUCACCCUCUCGACACAUGCGCGAGACCAUAGUCAAGCGAAUUCUGGCCCUGGAGGGAGACGUGGUGGAGCUCCAGCCGCGCUUCGAUGAGAACCGUAAGGACAAGAUCACAGUCCCCAAGGGCCACGUGUGGGUCGAAGGAGAUAAUGCUACAUGCUCUGUAGAUUCGAGGUUUUUCGGUCCUGUUCCUAUUGCGCUGCUGACCGGACGUCCCUUUUGGAUUAUCUAACGCUGAAAACCACGCUGGGCGAAGAUGCAGUCAGUCAAGACAAGAACUUGAUCACCACUACCGACACAAUGCGAUACACCACAAAUUUGUAUUUCUUCGCGGUUUUCGUCCACACGUCGACGCUCUUUCAUCUGCGUCCAUAUUCGACCAUUACGGUGUAAUUGCUGCUCUCCUCUUCAGUCUAUCGUCUAUUAUUUGGCUCGUGCUAAUCGUGUCAUGCGCUUUCCGGUCUCUUUGUGCCACAGUUGGCACAAAAGUUGGCCUGCUCCGAUGGAUACGUGGCAUGGCACUGCGAGCAAUUAUCUGGCCGCUUCGUUUUGCUCGUUGCAGUAGUAUUUGCUCCCUUUGCCGCAGCUUCUUUUUCUCUCUGUUUGGCCUCAUAGACGGAGUGAUAGUAGUUCAUCCGCUCGAGUUCCUCCCUGCCGUCCGCCAGCAACACCCGCACGCGAUCCGGGUCCUGAGUAUUCAUCUCGUCGCGAAACUUCAUCUGCACAUACGUCUUCAUCAUCUCGCGCUGUUCCCACUGCGGACAGCGGCGCGCCGAGCGCAGACACUGCGCGUAUAGCUGCAGAACGGAUCCCUUGAGUUUGCCCGUAGCCGACAUUGCAUGCAGCUAUCACAAUUAUUGCGACGACAUUUUCAUUCACCUUCACAAUUCAAAACAAUAAUCAGCCUUUGAUUGGU